AUGAGGAGAUUUUUCCCGUCAGAGUUUGGGAACGACGUGGAUCGUGUUCAUGCUGCUGAGCCAAUAAAAACUGCCCAAUUUCUGCGUACUAUUGAGGCAGAAGGAAUUCCUUACACAUACGUGUCCACCAACUGCUUUGCUGGCUAUUUACUCCCAACAUUGAUGCAGCUGGGAGCCACUGCUCCACCAAGAGACAAAGUUACCAUCUAA